UCCUUCUAGUGCUCAGAGCAGACCCUCAAGGCAGCCAGGCCAGAUCCACGAUGGGGAGCCCAGUGCACCGCGUAUCACUGGGGGACACCUGGAGCAGGCAAGUUCACCCUGACAUAGACAGCGAAAGGUGUAUACCAUCCUUCAGUGUGGAGCGGCUCACCAACAUCCUUGAUGGAGGCGUCCACAACACUGUGCUGAGGAGGAAAGUUGAAAGCAUCCUCCAAGGUGACCCAGUGUUCAACCUGAAGGACCAUUACUUCAUGACUCAGGAUGAGCAAUACGAGGCUGCAGUUCAAAAAAGAUUCCACCUUGAGAUGCUAGCCCGGCGUCUGGGCUGGUCAGAAGGCAGUCCUGAACGCAGUUAUGCUGACAGGGUACUUUCUGGAUAUGCCAACUUAAACUUACAUGGUAUUGCCAUGAAUGCUCUAAGAAGCCUGGGCUCAGAUGAGCAGAUUGCCAAAUGGGGCCAACUCAGCAAAAAUUUCCAAAUCAUCACAACAUAUGCCCAGACAGAACUGGGACAUGGGACAUACCUGAGAGGCCUGGAGACUGAAGCCACCUAUGAUGCAGCCACCCAGGAGUUUGUGAUACACAGCCCUACAAUGACUGCCAUCAAGUGGUGGCCUGGGGACUUGGGACGGUCAGUCACGCAUGCUGUAGUCCUUGCCCAGUUGAUCUGCUCAGGAGCCCAGCAUGGCAUGCAUGCCUUCAUUGUGCCCAUCCGGAGCCUACAGGACCACACCCCACUGCCAGGAAUCACAGUUGGGGACAUAGGGCCCAAGAUGGGCUUGGAACACGUAGACAAUGGCUUCCUGAGACUGAACCACGUGAGGGUUCCCAGAGAGAACAUGCUGAGCCGCUUUGCAGAGGUCUUGCCAGAUGGUACCUACCGGAGGCUCGGGCCAGCACAGAGCAAUUAUCUGGCCAUGUUGGUGACCCGGGUGGGGCUGCUGUUAAAAGGAAUCCUACCCUACCUCCAGAAGUCUUGUGUCAUUGCUAUGCGCUACUCAGUCAUACGCCACCAGUCCCGUAUUCGGCCUAGUGACCCAGAGGCAAAAAUCCUGGACUACCAGACACAGCAGCAGAAACUCCUUCCUCAGCUUGCCAUGAGUUAUGCCUUUCAUUUCCUGGCCACUAGCAUCUUAGAAUUCUUCCACAGCUCCUAUAGUGCCAUUCUGAACAGAGACUUCAGCCUCCUGCCUGAGCUCCAUGCACUGAGCACUGGUAUGAAGGCCAUGAUUUCAGACUUCUGUACCCAGGGGGCAGAGAUAUGCCGCAGGGCCUGCGGUGGUCACGGCUACUCAAAGCUGAGUGGUCUGCCGACACUGGUCACCCAAGUGACAGCCUCUUGCACCUUUGAGGGUGAGAACACGGUGCUCUACUUGCAAGUGGCCAGGUUUCUGAUGAAGAGCUACCUGCAGGCUCAGGUGUCCCCAGGCUCCACACCACAGAAGUCUCUCCCUCAGUCUGUCAUGUACCUUGCCACACCAGGGCCAGCCAGGUGCGCAGCCCAGACAGCAGCUGACUUCCUCUGCCCAGAUCUCUACACCACAGCCUGGGCACAUGUGUCUGCCAGGCUCAUAAAGGAUGCAGUACACCAUACACAGACCCUCAUGAGAUCUGGGAUUGACCAGCAUGAUGCCUGGAACCAGACUGCUACCAUACACCUUCAGGCUGCUAAGGCUCACUGCUACUACAUCACUGUGAGGAGUUUUAAGGAAGCUGUGGAGAAACUAGACAAUGAACCAGCAAUUCAGCAGGUGCUCCAACGCCUCUGUGACCUCUAUGCCUUACAUGGUAUACUGGCUAACUCAGGUGACUUUCUUCAUGAUGGUUUCCUGUCUGGGGCCCAAGUGGACAUGACUAGAACAGCCUUUCUUGACCUGCUCCCCUUGAUCCGGAAAGAUGCAAUCUUGUUAACUGAUGCUUUUGACUUCACGGAUCAUUGUUUAAAUUCUGCACUCGGCUGUUAUGAUGGACAUGUCUACGAACGUCUGUUUGAGUGGGCUCAGAAGUCACCAGGCAAUACUCAGGAGAACCCUGCCUAUGAGAAAUAUAUCCGACCGCUGCUACAAAGCUGGAGACCCAAGCUGUGAAAAGCCAACAGUAUUCAGGAUCAAGAAGUACUACAGUGAUACUACAGCAUACAUAUAAAGAUUUAAAGUUAAAACAAAGGCAGAGUGGCUAGUUCCUCAACUCUUAGUAAGCUGGUACGUGAAUGAAUGUUCAUCAUAUUAUUCUACUUCUGAGUAUAUCUGAAAUUUCCCUUUGUCUACUUGUAGUAUGUAUUUGGUUAAAUGCUAGAAUUUUCCUUUAAAAAUAGCAAAAGCAAAUAAACUCAU